UCAGAAAAGAUAAGGUCAUUUAUAGAAAGAAGUACUCAGAAACAGAAAAUAGAAGCAAUGGCGAACGAAGGCGAGGUAGUGAGCAAUAAGCAGGUGAUAUUAAAGAACCAUGUGACUGGGUUUCCUAAUGAAUCUGACUUGUACAUAAACACUACUUCUAUUAGCUUAAAGCUUAAAGUACCAGAAGGAAGUAAAGCUGUUUUGGUCAAGAAUCUCUACUUGUCUUGUGAUCCUUAUAUGCGUGGUCGCAUGAGUAAUGGCCCCAUGAGUAAUGGCCCGGCUGAUGAUACCGAAUUCGCUCCUUUCACUCCUGGCUCUCCAAUAAGUGGAUUUGCAGUGGCUAAAGUGGUGGAUUCAGGGCAUCCUGACUUCAAGAAAGGUGACUUGUUAUGGGGAGUUAUAAGUUGGGAAGAGUAUAGUCUUUUAACAAAACCUGAAAGCUACUUUAAAAUCCUCCAUACAGAUAUUCCCCUUUCCUACUACGCUGGACUACUUGGUAUGCCUGGCGUACCAUUUUACUUCGGUCUGCAAGAUAUUUGUUCUCCUAAAGAAGGAGAACGUGUCUACAUUUCAGCAGCGUCGGGUGCAGUUGGUCAGCUUGUUGGGCAGUUUGCAAAGUUGAUGGGUUGCUAUGUUGUGGGCAGCGCUGGAAGUCAACAAAAGAUUGACUUAUUGACGAACAAGUUUGGUUUCGAUGCUGCUUUCAAUUAUAAAGAGGAGCAAGACUGGGAUGCAGCAUUGAAAAGAUAUUUUCCUGAAGGCAUUGACAUUUACUUUGAGAAUGUUGGAGGAAAAAUGCUUGAUGCAGUUCUUCUGAACUUGAGGACCCAUGGCCGAGUCGCUGCCUGCGGAAUGAUUUCUCAGUACAAUCUGGAGCACCCAGAAGGAGUGCACAAUUUGAUGACAAUUGUUUAUAAACGAGUUCGAAUACAAGGAUUUUUAUAAAACGAGUUCGACAUACAAGGAUUUUAAUGUGUGAUACUUCCAAGCCAGUAUUCUAAGUUCUUGGACUUUGUUCUGCCUCACAUUAGAGAGUAGGCAAGAAUUACUUAUUGGAAGAUUACUUAUGUGGAGGACAUAGCUGAAGGCAUUGAGAAUGGUCCUUCUGCACUGCUGGGCCUUUUCAGCGGCCGGAACGUUGGAAAACAGGUUGUAGCACUUGCUCAUGAGUGAUUUUGCCUACUUUUUGGAUUAUCUGUUAAUGCAGGAAUAAAGUUCUAUUGUACUCUGGCAAUUUCAUAUUUGUGUGUUAUUUAAGUA